CGCAAGUCCAGUGACUAGAUAGACUUUAUACACUGGAUAGAAACACGGUAGGGAUUUGGAAAAAAGAUGUGCGCAAGUGUUGUAAUGUACUGCCUGGAAAAAUCGCCAACUUGUGUAUGUUGACAUAAUUUGAUGCGGGCAAUGUAGAAUGCUCUAUUUACAACUUGUACAAGGGGAACGAAUGAUCAUGGAAUUACUUACAUGUUUUCACGUCAACGAAUUUUGCAAAUAGGGCAAUAUCUUGGAGUUAAAACCAGUGUGGAUAUAUUUUUCAAGUAGUCUGUAGUCAUAUCGUUCUGAUACAACUGUCAUAUGUUCUAGUCAGUAAUCGCUCGAUCAAGAUGUUUCAAAUAUGAAUAAUAAAGACGAACGAGUUUGAGGGACAGGAAAUAUAGUUCAUCGAAGGGGAAUUCGAUAUUAGUUUGAAUUUCUUUCAUUUUGGAUGAUACCACUUUGGAGCAUAUUGGUGAACAUACUACAGCCGAAAUCAUGGGGGAGGUAAUGGCAGCCGACAAGGUGUCGUGGCCGCAGCUGUUCGACAUGAACCUCAACGCAACCUCGGCGAUAUACUCCCCGCACCAGUCCCGGCAAAUCCUCUCCAACAACGGCGUCUCGUUUUGGCCGGGGGAUAACACCACGAACUAUGCCACGACGAACGGUACUAUUACAGAAGCACAGUUGCGCAACGAAUUGAGUGUCCACCGAGCUGCUGCCACAACAAAUGGCUACCACCACAACAUGGGCGAGCAACAGCAAUCGAGCCUUGGGCUGACGGGCAACUGGCCCGAGAAAUAUAUAAAUGAGAAUUUACCAUUUGGCCACCCACAACAACAUCACCACUACAGGGAAGAAAGACAUAUCCCGGUUACAGCGACAACACAAACUAAACUCAUCACAUCACCGUACGGCAGCGUAGGGGACUUGGCCGACCAAUUCAGCGAUCUUUCCCUCAUCCCUGUUAACGACAGAAAACCCGGCAAGAGACCGCCCCCAACGUAUCUCUGUCAUCUAUGCUUCAACAAGGGUCAUUAUAUUAAAGACUGUCCAGAGGCAAGACCGAAGGGUGAAGGGUUAACCCCCUACCAAGGCAAAAAGAGGUGUUUUGGCGAGUACAAAUGUCCCAAGUGUAAACGCAAGUGGAUGAGUGGGAACAGUUGGGCCAACAUGGGUCAGGAAUGCAUCAAAUGUCACAUCAACGUUUAUCCACACAAGCAGCGCCCCCUAGAGAAACUAGACGGAUUGGACGUGUCCGCUUACGACCACCAGAAGGCCAAGCGCCCUCUCGAGAAACCAGAUGGACUGGACGUCUCGGACCAGAGCAAGGAACACCCCCAGCACCUGUGUGAGAAGUGUAAGUCGCUUGGUUACUACUGCCGACGAGUGCAGUGAGGUGGCUUCACGACUGACCGAUGCGAUCGAUGACCAUUUCAUCUCGUCCAAUCAAGAAGGAAAACAGCGUACUUCUGGAGAAAGAUUCAACCCUUGAUCUAAUAACAAGAGACACUGUCCCUUUUUCUUUUCUGUAAUCCUUGUGAUUUUGAAGUUUAAAAAAUAGACUUGGACAUAGUUGCUAAGUUUCUUUCAUUCCCUUUUCUCUUUUUGCUUUCCACACUUAAUAUCCUAUUUGAUUUUAAAUGACCUAAUGUUAAAGUACAUGCUUUCUUUUCAAUUAUGCAUACCAGCUUAAAUGCAAUUAUUCAUUUGUUUUGUUUUUUGUGUUCAGAUAUUUGUCUUUGUUUAUGCCCUGCACUGUCCAGACAUUUGCAAAAAAAAUAGUGACAACUGAAUGCCAAAGUGAUAGGGAUUUAAUACUAGUCUUUAAUAAUGCAGGUACCUUGAGUAUUAGGAGGGAACAGUAAGAAAGGCAUAUAUACUGGUAUGGACGUAAUCAUACUUUGAAUAUUAGAUUGGUAUACAUGUAGUUCUUGUGGAGUGGAGGAUGAAAUCUCUGGGAUUAUUUCAUUGACGUGAUGCAAAACAUCGCAACAGAUGAAGAGAAUCCAGGUGUUUCGUAAAGCUGUUCGUAGGUUAUGAACAACUUCUCGAAACUAACAUCUGGGUGUUACAACUUAUUUGAAUUGCCUUCUAUGAAUAGCCUGAUGGCUUUGCCCUACCCCCGUAGGGAAGGUGUCAGAGUUUACUUGGGCAUCUGCCAAAGGGGAAAUUUGACUGCAUUUCUUCCUUGAUUCAUUCAACGUAUACAUGUUUCUACUGGGAGCUACUCAGAGUCCGUACCGGCCGUGGGUCAGAUCAUCAAAUUUAGAACUUCGUAACAGCUCACCUGUCUAACCUGCAGAAUCUUCAAAUUCACACAGAUUGUUUUGAAGUCAUGAUCUAAAAUCAUGUUUUAUGCAGAUUCUAUGUUUAUAUUUUGCUCGGUUCAGUGCCUAUGUUGACAGGCUAAAUAAUGGCUGCACACAUGGCGCUAAAGUCGUGCUUCUUCCUCGGUUUACAGCAUAUAUGAGUCCACCAUGAAGAAUUAAUGAGCCCACUAUGUAUGUGAAUUGAUUCACAUUAAAGCCUGCAUUAAUUGUUUAACCCUUUCUUGUUAUACUUGCUGAUGUAAUUAAUGGAUGAAUCUGCAUAAAAUUUGUUUACAGAUCAUGGAGUCUAAACCAUGCACCUUUGUGUAUUCAGACCAAAUGUUGCUAACAUUUGUUGCACCAUAUCUUCAAGCUUAAACUGUACACUAAUCUUUAAUGGAAAUGGAGACUGCAGGUAUAUCUUUGUUAAUGCAAGCGAUGCGUCUGAUUUGGCGAGACACAGACAGUGGAGCACCAUCUGCAUAAACCAUCCUAGCUCUCUUUAGCAAUUGUUUUUUAUGAUCGAUGGUGCAGAUUUUUCAUCCAAAAACACAGCCACUAUAUAUUUGUCGAUAAAAUGAUUAAAAGUGAUUAAGGCAGAGGCAGUGGCUGCUCCAAAGAUACUGGUUGAAGUUUUGCAGCAUCAGACGUAACGCUUACCGCAAGCUUUACGUCUGUUGCUGCAAAGCCUUACGUAAUGUGUAAAAGCAGAGAUAAUAGUGUCUCCACAUCAGACUUGUAACCAUGAAUACAAUAGCUACAGUGUUCAUCUAUAUUAUAACCUUGCUCUUAACAUACCCUUGUCACAUAUUGGCAUCUCAUAAUACAUACUGUCACCUUUUAGAAAAAUGAACAAAAUUAAUCCAUAAACUUAGAAAUGAGAUCUAGUCUUAGCCUUUCUAUGUAUGUGGCUGACUGUUGUGUGAUUGUUAUUGAUGUAGAAUUUUUUUUGUCUUCAGAUCCUCAGCAUUUAUGAUUUAUUUCAAAUAUACAGAAAUAGUUAUAUUUGUUUUCAAAUAUAUCCAACCCCUAAAAACUGUCAAGUUGAAAGACUAAUGGGGUGUCCGGUGUUGCAAGAAACUUGCGAUCAAUUGCAAGCGUAUUUCGGUCCCUAAAUCAAUCAUAUGUCUUCGAUUAAUUUCAAAUUUGCUAGUGAUCGCUGUGCUGCUCUUUUCAAUACAGAGUGCAAUCUGAUUUGCUACAACUAAAACUGAUCUAUCAAUUGUAAACUUGCCAAAGAUUUGCAUUCGAUUGCAAAUAUUUUCUUGCAACACCCCCUAGCUCACAAUUCUAGCAUUUGCGGAUGGUAUGAUGAUCCUUGUUUCUCUCUCAUAAACAGAAGUUGUCUUCAGUACUUUUGCAAUGGCAUGUUCUCUGCCCCUCUUAUUUUGCUUUGUGCCAGUACUUAAUAGUUGAGUUACUACAGGAAUCUUACAAAUAAACUCUCUACUCUCAUUUCUUUUCAUUGGAUUACUAGAUAUAAUUAUAAACAAAAAAUCAAGUGAAUAAUUCACUCCUUCAAAGGGGUGAAUAAAAAAAUUCCUAGAUUAAGAGUGACCUUCACCUGUUGAGUGAAUUUCACCCUUAUUGAAGUUGGAUUUGUAUCGAAAUCAUAAUCAUGUUCACUCUAAAUUCACUCAUUUUUUUUAAAGAGAGUAUGUGUAUCAGUGAUGUUACAAAAUAUUUGUGUUUAGUUUCUAUUUGGUAUCAUCUAUUGCCCUUCAAACUGGCAGUUUGUUGAGGAUCUCACUUCAAAGGCACUGCUCCAGCUGGAUAUGAAAUUUGAAUUAUAAUACAUUUUGGUCAUCUGAUCAAAUGAUCGCAACUUCACAAUACUAUGAAGCAGGAAUAAAAGAAUGCUUCAGAAUAACGAGUGCCAGCUAUUUUAUUCUCCUACCCUAGAAUUCAAAUAAUCUGCUUUGUAUUAAAGUUCAUAUCUGAUUUCAAGAAAAAUAACGUAUUUGUUGUCACCCUCAGAUAUUUUUUUAGUCUUACAUGUAUUUAAUGUAUACUUAUGGUUUUCUUUCACAAAUGAAACAUUUUAACAUGUCACAAAUAUAUCAAACCAGAGAAACUACCAAUGAUUAUUUUACAUAGAAUGCCUUUUAUGAAGUCACAGCUGUAAUGAUACAAUAUUAUCUUGAUUUGUUUUCAGUAUUCUGUAUCAGUAUUGUUAUUCUUCCUAAUGUCGUACAAAACUUAAAAAAAAAACCAUCACUGAUGUGAAUUUGGCACUUAUUCAAUGAGCAUGCAUUUUCCCCAGUAACCUAUAUAUUUUUUGGUAGUGGAGUCCCGCUACAUAGAAAAACACCUAGGCCAUGUAAUAUGAAGCUUAGUAAUUGAUUGCAUGUUUGAUUUUCUUGAGUAAUUGUACAUUAUAGUCGAUGCAAUCAGUCAUAAAAAUUGUUCUUCAAUCAAUUUCUGAGCUUUGUUUUAAUGCCUCAGAGUUUAUUGUAACACAGUAUCCAGAUGAAUGUAAUAACUGCCAAAGAGGAUUAGAUAUGCCUCCUUCUUUUUUUUCUAUUCAAGCAUUAAAAAAAAAACCUGGCUGAAAAAUAAUGGAUCUUAUGUAUAUUUAGAUUAAAAAGAUUGUACAUGUUGGGUGUUCACUUUUAUGCAAAUUUUAUCAACAAGUUGUGGAUUUAUAUAUUUGUCAUACCUUAAAUGGGUUUUUUAUUGUUCAUGUUUAAAGCUUAUGAAAGCCUAGUAUGUUACCCACAAGUUGUAAAUAUAUAUAGUUUCUAACUAAAGAUGUGUACUAUUAAUAUCUUUGUUCAGUUUUGUAUAUUUGUUGGACAGAGAAAAAGCUGUUAAUGUAUAAGAAACGGAGCACAAAAUAAACAUUCUCUUUGCAGUGGAAUCCCUAAUCAUCAACCAAAUGCAAGAUAAAUUAAUACCGGUGGAGUGGUUGAGAAAAUGAUGCAUUUCAUAGCCAGUUGAGAUUGGUGCCUCAAUCUCUACAAAUUUGACAUGAAAAUACAGUUAAUCAUGCUUUCAGAGAAACUCGAUUGUAAAUGUUGUUGGUCAUGAUCGUUCAGUAUUAAAGAAAUAUCUGAAUUGUAAAAGGAAUCCAAUGAUUCUCUGAGCUAUCUCAUAAAUUAAUCAUGUAAUAGGAAAUGAAUUUUCUUCAGAUAAUUGCGAUCAUGAGACAUAUUUUUGCAUUAUUCCUUAUUACAAUUAUUUCUUGUUUCAAUUAUUCCAUAUUUAUUCACAUUAUAUAUGAGACUUUGCAAUGUGUGCUAAACUGAAAAGUGCAAGAAACUUUAAUGUAUAUGCAUUCUGAAUAGUUAUUUAUAACCAUAUUCAUUCUGAGUGUACUGGGAACAGUUCAAUAUUUAUCAUGAAAAGAGUUGGGCAAGCAAUAGAAAAUCUCUUCAGACUAUUUGCAGAAAGUAAUUUUCCAUCAACUAAUAUUUCUGAAAAGUAACAUGUCACUAUGAUCAUGCUUGUUCAAAUUCAGGGCAAUUAUGGAAAGUAUCAACUUUUUGUAAAACAAACCAUUGGUUAUAAAGUGAUUGUCAAGGUAUAUUGACAUCUUGGAUAAUCUCCAAGUAAAGAUUAACUUCUUGGAGUGGCUAUAUACAAUGAAAAUCGUUAAUACUUUAGAAAAAGUUGCCAUAAAAAUGUAUAUAUUUGCCAAUGCAAUUUAUUAUCUGGUGCUGUAUCUAAUCAAUAUAAAAAAAUUCUUGAGUAAGCUGUUGAAUUUUUUGCUCUGGUACUACAGUUAUUUUUUGUCUUGCCGCAGAUCUUUAAAUUGUACAGAUUCGGUGAUACACAUUAUGGCAGAUAAACAAACAUUUCUAGUUUUGAAAAGAAAAAAAAAUAGCUUGUUGAUUUGUGAACCAGCUAAGAGGGAGAAUAUGUUAAAUGUAUUUCAAGUCACUUACACUAUUGGAUAUAUCUGAAUGGUAUUUGCAUAUAUUUGCUCGAGAAAAACAAACAAACAAGGCAACAGAUUUUCUCAAUGUGUGAAGAUUCAGACAGUUUCUGGAAAUGUAAAAUAUGUUGUCUGUCUUAUUUAACUUUUGCUGCCUUUUGAUUAAUUUCCAAGAUGUGUAAAUAAUAUUGCCUUUGAGAUGAGAAGGAACAGACAUUUUGAAGGUCCAAGGUUGGGUGUCUCAAAAUCGUUCUUGUCAACCAGAGUUUCUUUUCAUAAUAGUCCAUCAUACAUCCAGUAUUAACAGAAGUUGGCUUUUAAACACUUCAUUGCCAGGCUAGCAAGAUGGCAGUAGGUUGUACAUGUGCAAGGAUAUCUAAUUCUGUGCGCCUGGCAUAAAGGCGUUAGCUCAAACGCAUGCUUCGCAAAAUGCACCCGAGAAUUAAUGCCCUUGUACAUUACUAACGGGAAUGGGAAUUUACAUAUAUAUAAAUCAGAACGUCCUUACAUCAGCCAGGAGACAUCAUGAUCAUAAAGCGUUGAUUGGUGCUGUUAAAUAAAUGAUACAUGUUCAUGAGAGCAUUAUGGAAUAUACACGGCUUAGUUUUAAGUCACAAUUCAUUUCCCUAUCACUCUGACUUAUACAUGUAUGUCACUCCAUUAAGUCAGGGGUGCUACUUUUCAGACUAAAUUCUGGAUUGAUACUUUUUGAAACAUAUUUUGGUCAUAGAAAGUGACAUUUUAAUGUUGGAAAAGAGUCAUUCUAGAUGGUUUUCAGACUUUUUAAUCAUUUGUUAGUGGUAUCCCUGAUUAGUAGAAUAAUUUUGUAGUGUAAAUUAUCAUCAAUACAUGAGCCAUGUUCAAUUUCAUUUAUUGGUAUUAAGCGCAUGUCUGCAUUGCUACAUACAGAUGAAUUUCAAUAUUGCUGGUUAGUAUCAUUGAGUUAGUUCCUUUCAGGUAUAUGUAGGUGUGAUCAUGUGAUGUUCCUAGACUUUAGAGAAUCAAAGUAACUAGUAUCUUUUCCCCCUCCUGUGCGCCCCACCCCCCCAAAAAAAUGAAAAAUAAAGUAAAUAAAUAAUGAAUAAAUGAAUAAAAUGAGUGACUAGAUAAUAAACAAAUACAGGAUAAAUGAAUACAAAAUGAAAUGGUAUAAAAAAGUAAAUAGUCGAAAAAUCAACCGAGCGGUUAGAAAUAACUAAAAAACUCAAACAUAUUGGAAGAUACAUAAAUACAAAUACAUUAUCCAAACAUCACAUUUACUACUUCUUUUUAAUUUCUUUAAAAUGAAGUGAAUGUCAGAAAAUUGAAAAUAGAGGUGUACACAUGGUUUUAAUGGUUCCUUAGUAAAGACAUCAUAAUAAAUGAAAGGGAAACAAAUAGGGAUCUGCAAAGAAGCAGCAUUGAAAGUCCAAAAUUUAUCCAAAUCGUUUGGGGGGGUAGUAGUGCAGUCAAUAAAAUCACUGAUUUGAAUACUCUGUAGGAUAUUGAGCAUCUCAUAUAAAUAGCAUUUGUAGCAUGGGGAGAGGCUAUUAAUGCCAAUGCAACCCAUUUUUUCAAAGGGUUUCAACACAUUCAGUGGAUUUAAUACUACUCCUCGGAACAUAGAGUGCUUUAACCCAUGUUUGGCCAAAUUUGGUGCCAGCCAAACCUCUGGAGAAUUCUUGGUACAGUAAUUCUCUUUGGUUGUAAUUACCUCACUCCAAUUUGAUCUGACUUCGAUUUCCUCUUAAGGGGGUUGUUUCUUUUUGGUUGGCAGUGUCAGUUGCCUUUCAAGUUACUGAUACUGUUUCUUGAAAUGUCACCUAAGGUUAAGAGUCAAUAGCAUUCAAGUAUUGUAGGCACAAGCCGUUGGAUUGUCGAAAACACACUAGAAGGGUCUGAAUUUUUAGCCUAAUUGAUGCUGAAGGAAACAAAGUGCUUUGUAGCCUUACAAAUAGCACAAUAAGUUAGAAUUUGCUUGAGACCCUUUUUCAAGACAUAAAUACAUGAACAUACAUUUUGGCAUUUGCCUUUCCGUAGGAAAAUGCUCAAAGUGCUUCGAUUGUUGAAAUGAAUCAAAAGGGGUCUGAUUUUUAAGCAUACGGGGGCCUGGAUGGAAGUUUGUACCAUAUGACCUGACAAUGUAGCGCAAUAAGUUAGAGCUUGUUCUAGACCCCAUUCCAAUACGUAUGUGUAUGUGCAUUGAAAUAGCGCCUUUCUAUAUUAAAAUGCUUGAAGUGCUUCUUAUAUAUAUGAAAUAUAGAAUAAAUCUCCUCUCCAAAUGCUUAUAACGCUCAUAGAGGAAAAUAAUCAGAGAGAAGAUUGAAUAGUUUUUAGUGUGUUUUUGAAUAAGUAUACAGAACACUACCUGUGAGCAAAUUGUCAUUAAGAGUCAGCUAGCAUACCAAUUUUGUAUUAGUUUUUAUUUUCUCAUUCAUUUUCCUGCUGUGUAUCUGAAGAAAAAAAGCCAACUUCUGCUGAAUAUUUUGAUGUUGCUGCACUAUUAAGAAAACAGAAAUCUAAUCUGCAUCCCUCCACAGAGAUGAAUAUCUUCUUUGUAUAAAAUGGAAAAAAAAUCACUGCUUUUCAGGAAGCCAGAUCUUUGUGUUUUCUACUUGCCUUCCCUAUUUCGUGAUCGGUGUGCUAUUUAUCAGAUGUGUAUAAUCUUCAGUAUUUUAAAAAGCCGAGAAAAGAGGAAAAUAUUUUGUCAUAUUUUCUAUUAUAGACGUGAUAUGUGUAUUUAGGUCAGUAACUUCAUAUGGAUUUUUUCUUUAUCUUUUUUUUCCUAUGGCAAAGAAUAAAAGAGUGUCAUUUUUAAGUUUGAUAUAUGUGUAUAAAUGGGUAGUUAGAUAAAUUAGAUGUUACAGUUUAUCGUUUAAAUGAAUAGAGAUAGUUGAUGUUCUUAUUUUUCAUGAUUUUUAAUAUAUCUUGUUUAUGGUACUAACUGUAUGUGAGUUAAUUGUGAAGAAAAGUUGUCAAUAUAUUUCAAUAUAUAUAUCUAAUGCUCUUUCUUUUGCACUUGAUAUUCAAAUUUGUAUUAUUUGUUAGAAUGUUCAUCUUAUAUUUUCUUUGGAAUAGCCAAUGUCAUUUUCUUGUAUAUCAAAUCUUCAUUUUAACUGUUGAUUCUUUCAUUUCCUUGUUGAAUGUAUUCAAAAUGGUGUAUUUCUUUUUGAGCCCUUUUGAUUAUGCAUAUUUGUACAAACAUAUUUAUGUACAUAACAUUGCAUUUACAUUGUGAACAUUUCUUAUUUUAGGCGUUCUCAUUUGCAUUUUAGACCUUACUUUUUCAUACAUCUCAUGAUUUCAUUUGAUUUUCAUUAGAGUAGGACAUUAUUUGUUCGUAAAUGAAUUCUGAUAUAAUUUUUGUUUUUGCAUUUUACAUGUCAAGAACCAGCUUUUCAUUGUUUCAUGUUCAGUUUUUCCCACCAUAAAAUUCCAAAGAAAUUGCCACUUACAUUUCAAGUGGAAAAAUGAUAUGAAAUAGAAGAAAACAAUAGUAUGUCCCAAUUCGGAAACUGAAAAGUUAAUUGAAAAAAAAAAACCUUUCUUAGUGAUAACACUUUAUAAGAAGAUGCAAGUGCCCCUCUUAGAAUUCUUUUAGAAAGGAUGAAAGUAAAAUUUUAAAAUGAUUAUUGUAACAAGUUGGUUUGAAAUGAUAAAAAAAUUGUUGCAGAGUAAUUUGAAGACUCAAAAUAACAGUAGAUAUUACUGUGUUAUUUUGAAUUGAUUGGAAAUUCGAGUACAAUCAUGACUCUUGCCAAUUUGUAAGCUAUACUAAUCUUGCCCAAACAGUAAGCAACUCAUAAAUCAGUAGCUUUUAGAAUUAUUAGAUGGCAGGUUUUCAGAAUCAGUAGGUAUGUAAUCAGUAGGCAAUGAUGUCAAUGAAUUAUUGCAAAACAAACAAAUUCUGUUUACAUUCACAGUAACACAGUUAUAUUCUGCUUUCAAUUAUUAACAUGCAGUCUUUCACUCAAAAUAAAUAAGAUAAAGAUUUGAUUUCAGGUGUAUUUGAAAGUAUUAUUACUUACAUCCCACCCUUUUAUGUCUAAUAAAUAAUCACAUAAUAAUAUGCUUAAAUGCUUCAGUUAGAUAAUGUAGAGAUUUGAUGUGUACUUGCAUUAUAAAUAGGUAGAUAUGCUCACUUGCCAAACUAACACCGUCAUUUUGUUCUUUAACCUUAAUCUCCCCUUUGUGUUUAAAACUGAGAUAGACAUUAUCGUAGAGUCAUUAAUUUUUCUUUAGCCAUAUCUGUGGGGUUUUUUUUAAAUAUAUACCCCUGGAUAUUUUUAAUGGGCCAAAAUCAAUCGAGACAACUCACAUGGUAUUUUGUAUUUCUUGCCCUUUUCCAAUUCUUAACCUCUGCCAGAUUCAAAGUGUAAUAAAUUUCCAACUUAUUGGAAUAAACUAAUAUUUUUGUGCCAAUUUUCAGUUUAUUCCAAUGCAAGGUUAUCUAUCUAUUCUAGCAAAUCCAGAGUAUUUGCAAAGUGAAUUUAGAUUUUUCUCAUGAUAAAAAGAUGGAAAGUGCACUAAUUGACUCCUUAUUAAAUGGUCUCCCAAAUUAAGAUAUUUGUUUAGAACAAUAAUAUGUAAGUUUUGACUCAUGUAAAACGAAUCACAUGGUUUUUGUUGACAAUGUAAUAUUACAUUCAAGUAAUGUUCUUCCUUGUGGUUUUUGUGCUUCCACACAAGUUUGUUCCAAAAAAAGAAAUUGCAGGUAACUGUUUAUAGAUAUGAUGGAUAUAUCAAUUAUGAAAAUAAUUCAAAGGUGUUCAAAGUCGUUUGUUGGAAAGAAGGUAUAAUAUAGAUUUGUUGAAAAUUGUUCUUUUUUUACCAGAAGUAUGAUGAAUAUAUUUACAACAUUCAUUUGCGGUGUUGAGAUACUUUUCAAGGCUUGAGGUGUUUUAUAUAUAUUUGGGUUUUUUAAGAUACCAUAGUUUUAUUGGAUGUUUCUUACAAAUUAAUAUUAUUUUAUUGAUAGUUGGCUAUAGGUCUAUAUAUAUACUCGUACAUUAAUGUUGUGCCAUUACUACAUUGAGUUCUUCAGAUUUUGUUUAGGAUUGAUGUUGGCAUAGCGAUCCUGGGUAGUUAUAAAUACAUUCACUAGAUUUCAAAAAUUAUAUUUUACUGGAGCCAAUUUGAGCACCCCCAACAGCCUUGCAAAAUGCAAAUAUCAUGAUCUAAAGUGUAGAAAAUAGGGCCACAUGCAAAAGUAAAAUAGAAGACACGUAAAAUCCUUCGCUUUUAUUUUUCUUUGAGUGGAAUAUGUUGGAACAUUAUGAUUUUAUUUCAUAUUUUUUCUCAUAAUUGUAGUUUAAAACAAAUCCAAAACUUAUAACUUGGUAGAAUGGUUGAAAUGCCUAGGUUAUGUUUGUCAAAAGUCUAUAAAAUAUACUUAAAGGCUACCUCUUUUGCAGAAGACGAUAAAACAAGUUAUACAAAGCAGGACUUGUAGCAUAUUUUUUCAUUUCAGAUUUCCUGUUUCAUUUUUGUCAUUAAAAAUUUAUCAGUACAUCAGUGGCUUCCAAAUUUUAAUAUGUGUAUUUGCAGAAAAAAGGAAAUAUAUGUCUUAACCUUGAUUCUAAACAAAAAAAAUAUACUUGUAAAUAUUGUGGGAAAGUAUGUACAUGAGUGUUCUCAGUUGUAUUUUAACCUGCCUUUUCUUGAAGAGAAAUUAAUGGAAGUCUGGCUUGGAAUAUGUACUUUGUUUAAAGAACCCCCGGCUGUAUAUUUAGAGUACCGUAGACAGAGAUGUUAAUAUUUGUUUGUUUCUUUUUGUUUUGAAUGUGUGGUUGCAUUCUUAACCAUACAAUAGUGUACAGUAGUUACAAGUAAGAUUAGCAGUUAUUAUUUUGGUCAUGAGUAAUAACAAAUUUAAAAAGCAGUAAAAUGUAGGUUAUUUUAUCAUAAAUCAGUUUGUAUUCACUAUCAAAGCGUACAAUUUAGGGGAUCGUCUCACCUUUCAAAAUACAAGGUUUUGAAUGUACAGUGUAUAUUUGAGUGAAAGACAGUUGAAUAUUAUGGGCACUGUCAGCAUUUGUUUAAUAUGACAAGAAUUAUACUGUCACUUGAAAAAGUCAAUGGGACAAUUUCAAUAUUUCUGUUAUUGCCAACAGAUCAGUAGGGGUGUUGGGUUUGAUUUUUCUUGCAAAAGAAAUGUUCUUCAUUUGGGGAUUUUGAAAUUUCUAGACUAUAUGCUCCAUACCAUAUGAGCAAUUCAUACCUUAGGUAAUACACUGCCGUGUUUAUAACAAUGUGUACAUUAAAUGAUGAAUUUGAUAGUGUAUUAUCAUUCU